AUGGUAGCAACUCAACUGCAUAAUCCAAUAUCGCAUUAUAUCGAAGGACGUCUUGGUAACAGAAAAAUAUGGUGGUGUCCUUCAGGAUAUGGAUAUUUAGCGUACUGUCCACAACCAACAGAUUGGGAUAACUAUAAUUGGUGCUGUACAUGGCCUUACUUUGGCUCUUGGAAACCGUCUUGUUGUCCAUUUGCGAUUCCAACUGGCGCACUCAUUGCUAUCAUUAUUGCUUCAGUUGUUUCGAUUGCUCUGCUUAUUUUUCUGUCUUGCUGGUGUUGCUUUUGCUGUCCACUUUACAAACAAUUAUAUAGUCCUAACGAAAAAGAAUACGAGAGAAGGCGGUGA